AUGAUGUUAACAGAAAUCAAAGCCAUCAAUGAUACGGAUGAUAAAAACGUACAUUUAGAACUUUCAGAGGAGAACUAUACACCGUACGGAGAACGUCCAGAAACAUAUAUUGUACCCAUCGUCUUUGUAUGCAUACUUGUUGUUGGAGUCAUUGGCAAUGGUGUCCUCGUUAUUACUAUUUGCCGACAUGCAAAUAUGAGAAAUGUUCCUAAUACAUACGUACUCUCACUUGCUAUUGGUGAUUUAUUAGUCAUAAUGAUAUGCAUCCCUUUCACGUUCACAGUCUACGUAAUGGAUUCUUGGCCAUUCGGCUUGGUACUUUGUAAAAUAUCUGAGUUUGCUAAAGAUACCUCGAUCGGAGUAUCGGUCUUCACACUCACUGCACUUUCAGCUGAUCGAUUUUUCGCCAUCGUUGAUCCUAUGAGAAAACUUCAUGCCACAGGUAGUGGAAAUAGAGCAACGAAGUUUACAAAAAUAGUAGCCACAUUAAUAUGGAUUUUAGCAAUAUUUUGCGCAUUACCAGCUUCAUUCUCCUAUAUAAGAAUAUUUAGAGUGAAUAAAAAUAUUACAUUUAUGACUUGUUAUCCAUUUCCGGAGACGUUUGGUCCCAACUAUCCAAAAACUGUACUUAUUGGACGAUUCUGUAUCUUAUAUGUAUUUCCACUUAGUAUUAUAGCUGUUUUCUACAUGCUCAUGGCACAACAUCUCGUUCAAAGUACCAAAAAUAUUCCAGGUGAAAUGCAGGGACAGGUGAAGCAGAUAAAAGCCCGUAAAAAGGUAGCUAAAAUGGUGAUGGCUUUUGUAGCAGUAUUUGCUAUGUGUUUCCUACCUCAACACGUUUUUAUGCUGUGGUUUUACCUUCAUCCAAGCGCCCAAGAAGAUUAUAAUGCUUUCUGGCACUACUUUCGCAUUCUUGGAUUCUGUCUAGCAUUUAUGAAUAGUUGUAUAAAUCCAAUAGCACUUUAUUGUGUUAGUGGUACCUUCCGUAAAUACUUCAAUAGAUAUUUAUUUUGCUGUUACGGCUCCUGCUAUUUAUCGAGACGAAAACAAUCCUCUACCUCAGAAUCAAAUAAGCGAGGUCCAAGUUUUUCAUUCGCAAUAUUCCAUAGGCGUACAAAUUCUCGUCGAGGUCAACAAAGUCUUAUUCGUAUGUCAAGAUGGUAUCCAGGAACCUUUAAUGAUAUACGUGGCCAUUAUAUACCACAGGAACAAGAAACUACAAUAACAAUUUUUCAUAACGAAAUAGAGCAACAAAUAUAAGAUUCAAGUAUAGAAACCAUUCACAGAAAAAUGCAUCAACGAAAAAAUUUUAACUACACUAAUAAAAUAAUUAAAGCCAAAAAACUUAAAUA